AUGGAGCACAAGACUGAGGUCGCUGGCUGGUUGCCCUUGUUUUCAGAGACAGGUCCCACAGGCGCAACUUGGAAGGAUCGUAGUAUCCGAGUGCCGGAAGGAACUGUUGCCCUUCGACUCCUGGCUGGGGCUGAUGCUGCAUCUACGGUUGAGGUCGGGGAGAUCAUGGCGGUAGAUACGGUGCCCAACCUGGCAAACUUGACGUGUGGCUUCGGCGUCGAUAUGAUGUGCGGGUGGUCAAUGGGCACUUUCUGGCUGCCCUCCAACUUGCAACAAGGACCACAAUUUAUUUCGACCUUCCGCGACGGCGAUGCCUACAUGUACAACCAUGUGUUGAUGUACCAAAGCAUCGAGGGGCAGAGCUUCCUGACGAGUCCCAUGUUCCCGGCAAGCAGCGAGUUCUACUUCGAGUUUGCUUACCAAGUGUGGGGACAAGAAGUUGGAAUACUGGAACUGCAGUACCUUUGGCGUGACCGCUGGUGGAGGCGCUGGUCAGCCAGAGGUUCUGACAGACCAGGCUGGUUGCAAGCCAAGGUGACCUUGCCCGCAAACACAACGAUGCUGCGCUUGCUCUCCGCGGACGUCAUCGGCGAGGCUUAUGGCGUGGCCGUGGACUCAGUGGUCGCCUGGGUGCCUGCGGUUCCAGGUCCAGUGCCCCCGGUGUCCGUCUCGCUCAGUGCCAAGAGUAAUGGCAACUGCGCCCUGCUCCUCGCCGGGGACACUAACGGCGUCAAGUGCUGGGGCGAAACUAGCGACGGCCUUCGGGGGAGCUUCGGCCUGCGCCCGGGCGAGAUGGGCGCCGCCUUGCCGUUCGUCGACCUGGGAAGCACAAAAGUGGUGCAGUUGGCAUGUGGUGACCGGCACAGUUGCGCCGUGUUCGAGGGCGGUGCACUGCGGUGCUGGGGCGAGGGCGACGCGGGCAGGCUGGGCUAUGGAUCUGAUUCAGAUGUGGGCGACAGCCCGGCAGAGAUGGGCGAUGCAUUGCCCGCCGUGGACGUUGGCGGGCACGCUGUGCUUGAGGUUGAACUUGGGGAACAACACACGUGCGUGCUGCUGCACGGCGGGUCUGUGAAAUGCUUCGGAAAGGGUUAUAACGGGCGACUCGGCUUGGGCUUGGGUGACGGGCACAACUUCGGUCACUGGCCAGGAACAAUGGGCAACCGACUGCCCUUCGUGGACCUCGGAACCGACUUCCAUGCCACGCAGCUCGCACUCGGAAGGUACCACACAUGCGCGCUGUCCAGCUCGGGCGGGGUGAAGUGCUGGGGGGAAGGCCCGGCUGUCGGCUUGGGCUUCACAUGGGACUCCCGAAAUGAAUUAGGGAUAUCUCCUAACUUGGACAAGGGAGAUGAAGUGGGUAGCGCGCCCAACCAGAUGGGAGACAAUUUGCCCUACCUGGAUCUGGGUUUGGAAGCGCUGCAGAUUUCCGCUGGGCGGUACUUCACCUGCGCAGUCUUGGGGGAUCACUCUGUCCGCUGCUGGGGCCGAAAUGAAUUGGGCCAACUGGGCCAAGGCCACAAUGUGGACCAGCCGCUAGUGACUCCCAGCCUCCCAAGCACGCCGCUCGGCGACGGCACGUACGUCCUCAAAGUGGUCGCUGGCGCCUACCACGCGUGUGCAGUUCUGCAGGAUGAGUCUCUGAAGUGCUGGGGUUGGGGGAACUCCGGACAGCUGGGCCAGGGCAACAUUGAGAACCUGGGCGACGAGCCUGCAGAAAUGGGCGAUGCACUGCUCCCCGUCAACCUGAACAAUCUUGCAGUGCGCCAGGUCACCCCAGGUUGGAGCCACACGUGUGUGUACCUGGAGGAUGACACCGUGCGAUGCUUCGGCAGCAAUACAGAGGGUCAACUGGGCAUCGGCAGCAACGUCGGCGUGGGCACGGCGCAGGGUGAGAUGGGAGCUGCACUGGUGCCCGCGGAGGUCUUCCACGUGACGCCGGGAUAUGAGCUGGAGGAUUUGCGCCUUGGCAGCGGAGGCAGUGAGGGCUGGCUGCAGCUGCAGUACAAUGGCUCCUACGGCUUGGUGUGCGACGACAGCUUCUCGGAUGCCACUGCACAGGUGGUCUGCCGGGACCUUGGCAUGGCGGGCGGCCGAGCCCUCUUCAGGGAUCCCGUUUCCGACCUGUCGUCGGACAAGGUGCUCCUCGAGGGGACGAUCCUGGCUGACAGGGUCGCGUGUGACGGCACGGAGGUCAGCCUGCGGGAUUGCAGCUUCCGAGGUUGGAGCAUCCACGGCUGCACCCCGCGGGAAGCUGCAGGCGUUCGGUGCGAGCUCGAUGCCUGGAGCGAGUACACCGCUGGUGCUGGUUCUUCGAGCCCCGUAGGUCGCCAAGACCACUCCAUGGUCUUCGACCCGGAGACUCAAUCCGCCUUGGUGUUUGGAGGUGAAGCCGCCAUGACGUUCCAGUACUUUUCGGACCUGUGGCAGUACCACUGGCCUUCACGUACUUGGGCGGAACUCUCCACGGUCUCUGAGCUACGCCCAACACGCAGAUCCGGCCACAGCGCCGUUUGGGACAGCGUCUCGCGAACGAUGAUGGUCUUUGCCGGCAGCCACCUUGGUGAGACCUACAGCGACAUGUGGGCGUAUCGACUACAAACCUGGGAGCUGUGGACGACGUUUCUUAAGCCAAGGGCUCGUGCGUACCACACAGCCGUAUGGGAUCCCGUGCACCGGGCCAUGCUGGCCUUUGCCGGUGAGGGCGGAGGUGAGACCUUGUCGGACCUCUUUUACUUCAGCUUCGAGCACAGGGCCUGGACAGCCGGUGCAGUCGGGCUCGAGCAGCGCAGCCGGCAUGCAGCAGCGUGGGAUGCCAGCACCAGGUCCAUGAUUGUCUUUGGAGGCUGGGAUGGGCACCAGUACCUUUCGAGCCUGCAUCGCUAUGAUGCCUGGGCCGACCGCUGGGCCGAACUUGCAGCAACCGGUGCUGUCCCACUUCCAAGAGGCGGGCACGUGGCUUCCUGGGACCCUGCUUCGAUGAGUUUCCUCGUCUUCGGGGGAAUCCAAGACCAAAGCGAGGGAGGCUCCGAGGAAGUGCUGAGCUACAGCAGUGGCUUCUACAGCUUCAGCCUCCUCACACGAACUUGGACAGAUCUUGGGCCCGGAGCUGAAGCUCCGCCGGGUCCGUCCGGGCGUGCAUAUUCAGCGGCGGUCUUCGACGCAGCCUCCCCAGCCCUGCUGCUCUUCGGGGGCUUCAACGUCUCGUACCUGCAAGAGCUCUGGCGUUAUGUCAUGGCGCCCCGACCUCCAAGCCCCGUCCUUCGCUGUCAGCUUGGGCAGCCUUGCCACCUCGAUGGUCUCGCUGUGGGCAACUCGGGCAACGCGUCCGACCUGACUGUGAAGACAACCUGCCCGGACUCCCUCGUCGCCUUGCCGUCUGCCGAAGUCCAAAACAUGCAUACCUCCGGGCUCUUCUCCGUGGAGCCGGGCAGCUAUCAACUAUGUUGGUGCGAUGAUAGCCACCACCCAAACUGCAGCUCGCCCCAAGAUUUCACGGGCGCCAUGGGCCACUUCACUGCCGAAGGGCCGUACUCGAACCAGUCUGCCAGUUGCUACAUUGGCUUUCAGUGCACCGUCCCUGUUUGGAGGGGCGUCGGUGUCUCCAGCAAUGACUCGCUUAUCGCACAGAAAGACUGCGAGAAUCUCGAGGCAUCGUCGUACAGCGGUUUGCCCGUGAGCAUCAACGAGUCUGGGAGCGCUUUCCUCCUGGACAUGGGGAUCAUCGGUUUCGGCCCACCAGAGGUCGUAGAGCUUUGCUGGUGCCCUUCUGGUCACCCCUGCGCAUCCCUGCAAGACUUCCGCGUCGUCGCCCUCCGGAUGCAGAUUCUGUGCCCGCCCGGACAAUACGAGCAGAACCAGGCGUGCCAGCUGUGCCCAGCAGACACUUACUGCCCCGGCGGCCGAGCACCGCAAAGCUGCCCAGCAGCCAGUGAAGCCCCGCGUGGCAGCAGUCAGCUAUCCCAAUGCGAAUGCUUGCCAGGAUACUAUCGGACUCCUGAGAGCUCUCGGUGCACCUCGUGCCCCUAUGGCUCCACAACUCUCGAGGCCGGUGCGACAUCGCUGGCCGCGUGCAUUUGUCAACCCAACUUUGUCAACAUGGAGCCUGAGAAUCCGGAUAAUGUCUCCGUUUGUGAAUGUGGGCCUGGCUUCGGUUUCGACAGGCAAACAGGUGUUUGUUCACCUUGCGAACAGGGCUCCUACAAGGAGACGGCCGGCAAUGCUCUUUGCUCUGGAUGCCCUGUCGACAAGUCCACACUGGAGGAGGCAUCCAGGUCCAUUCAAGAUUGCCUCUGCCGUCCUGGUUCGUUCUCGGUGAGCUCGAACCAGUCGGGCGGAGACUGCUCCACAUGCCACCCUGGCUCUUACUGCAAUGGUACAGGCAUCGCUUUCGAAUGCCAGGAGGGCGCCAAUUCAACAGCAGGGGCGAGGUCACCAGACGAAUGCAUCUGCAGAGCAGGUCACUUUCAGAGGGGCUCCUCUUGCGAGCUAUGCCAAAGGGGUCGCUACAAGUCCUCCGACAGUAACGAGGUGUCUUGCCCCCUGCAGUGCCCGACAAGCGCCGAGAGCGAGGAGGGCUCAAUCAGCCGAGCCGCAUGCUUUUGCCAGAGAGGCUUCUAUGCCGAGCUUGAUCCAAACGGUGUAGAUCUUGCACGGUGCGCCAGCUGCGCGAACUUCGCAUCCUUGAGCUGCCCCGGUGGGUUUGCUGAAACCUCAAACUCGCCAAACUCGCACCGAUUGCCAGUGGCCAUCCCGGGCUACUUCCAGACUGGAACUCUGACUGCCGUGAAGUGUUUCGUCGUGCUGGACAAUGGCCUCAGUGUUUGUUUGGGCAGCGGCCAAUGCCAGAGUGAUGAGGAGGUGGACUGCGUAGGGAAGUAUGGAAAUGCCUGCGAGGAAGGAUCCACGGGCAUCCUCUGUGGGGAAUGUCCGCCUGGCUGGGCUCGGAGCGGCUUCCGGGCGGCCUGCCGGCCCUGUGGGCAGGCGAUUCUUCCGCUGGUCGCGUCCAUCCUGGGAGAUGUGGGAAGCAAGGUCACCAUCAACUUCAUCGUCGCAGCCAUGGCAGCCACUGAAGCCGCCCGUGGCAGCAGCAAGCUGCACACGAUAAUAAUACGCAUCGCGACCCAAUGGCUGGCAGCCUCUUCAGUCCUGGCGACGUUCCAGCUCGAUCAAAUUCCAGUGCAACUUCCAUGGCAGGAAGAUAUUGACGGUGUGGGUGGAGCAGGCUCUGCCGGCUCUGCCACCUUUGCGUGGCCUGUGGAGGUGACUGUGGCAAUGCGGAACCUAUUCGACUCUUUGACACUCACCCCGGCGCUGGUCUCCGUCGACUUUGCUGCCCAGUGCAGGGCCCAGGAACUGUCGGACCACCCGGCGGCUGCCCGCAUAGCACAGGCACUCUACAAUAUCUGCCUUCCGCUAUUGAUGAUGGUCGGUGCGGUGGUGGUCUCUUGGUUGGCAGUCAACGUCCUGGUGCCCUUGGCAGCCCGGCUGGGACUGUCGUUCAACGAGGCUGGGAGAAGGCGUCGGGCCCACGCCAAGCUACUUUCCCGUGCACGUGAUGCGCUGGAAAGGACUCUCAGCCAGGUGGGUCUUGCCCUGUCUGUGGUGGAGCUUGAGGAGUUCGGUGCCCUAGACGUCCCACCGGCAGUGCUGCGGGAAGCCGUCUCGCAGCCCAAGUCCUUCCUUCGGGAUGCCGUGGUCAGCUCGCACGGUCUGCUCAUCAGGGCCUGCACGGCCAGGGCUCGGUCACGGGAUCAGCCAGUGGACGUGCUUGCCCUCGACAAGGUAGACUUGACGUGCGUGCGCAACGACUAUGCCGGCACAGCCGAUGUGCUUGACCUGUUGGACAACAUCAUUGACGCAAAUAGUGGUCCAGCACUUGAAGCUGCCCUCGUGCGCCAGGACCCGGAGGCGGAUCAGCCCGAGAUGGAAUUGCACGCAGACCGGCAAGCUCCAUCUGAGAAGCCCGCUUCCACUCAAAUCAAGCAUUCUCCUGACUCGGGAGAAACCCAAAUCGUGGUUGCGCCGCUUCCGGUCGACAGUGCGCAGACGCUGCCUUUAACUUCGAGGCUUGACGCAGAUGUAGAAUUGGACGAGGUCAUGGAUUCGCUCGACUUUGGGCUUUUCACGGCACGACCCAGGAUUUGCGAGUUGAUUUAUCAAAGCGUACCAGUAAUCUGGAUCGCGCUGAUCUCUGUCUGGCCGAGUCUCCUUUCCAACUUCCUGUCCAUGCUUUGGUGUGUGCCUAUUGUGGAGGAUGGGCAGGUGGUGAGCCGGCUGCUGCCGAACCCGGAUGUCGAGUGCUGGACCGAUGCGCAUUUUCCCUCUGCUUGGAUCGCCUUGACGGGCCUUGUAGUUUGGUGCCUUGGAAUCCCAUUGUCUCUGGCGGUGGUGCUUUUCCGCUUGGACCGCCAGUCACCUGAGACCAACAGGCGCUUCGGUUACUUCACUCAGGGCUUGGAGCGAGACUAUUGGUGGUGGGACAUUCUGAUGAAGCGAAUCGACGUCGGAAUAAUGAUGGUCAUCACCUUUACAUCAGCAGUGCAGGAUCCUGCCAUGAAGCUCUUGUUGUUUCCCGUCCUCUCGGGUGUCCAGGCAGUUUUGGCCGCCUGGGUCAAGCCCUACGCCAACGACCAGGCCGAGAUCCUGGAUGUGCUGGAGGUGACUUUGGCAUCCGUCCGCUUCUUCCUUUUCAGUGGAGUCGCCGCGUUGAUGAUCCUUAACCCUGAGAGCGGGAUCAUGUCAAGGUGGCUUCAAGCGCCUCGUGCUCCGCAUAGCUUUGCCUCUGUUCCAGGAGGACGAGGGCGAAAAGAUUGUUCUAACCUGGUCAUUCACGACAGAUGA